GGCGUGGACCGCUCCAGAUAUAUCCGUCCUGAAGCAUUGAGUUGUUCAUCCCUGAAAAAACAGUCGUGCGCCUCGAGUCUCCCUUUUCUUCUGUGUCCUUUCUGUUCUUUUACUUUACCGUCUUCUAUAUUAUCUAUCUUCUACAUUUUCCACAUUGGACUUCAUCAACGUUGCAGCCUCGAGUACUGCAAGAACGGGAGUAAACUUAGGCUAAAGCUGUUUUCGUCAGCAGCCCACCGAUAUCUACGGCGCAUACAAACACGAUCCGGACUUUCUGACGGACAUUCGCCAAUAUGAGAAUACGAUCGCCCCCUUCGACUGUCUUGCUCCUGCUUCUACCCGCCCUCGUUUCUUCGGCAGCUCUUGAGCCCAAAGCGCAAGAUGGUGUGCUCGUAGCCAAAGCACCUGUCGCCGGCGCAGUCAAGGACUAUACCGCUAUCACCACCUCGAGCUCACGUGCACCCACUCAAAAACCUGUUGUUGGUACCAAGGAUGCGCCCGUUGACGGUCUGGACGGAAAGCCCCAUGCUGGACCUUUUGUCGACAUCACCCCCGAGGACAAGAAGAAGCCUGUAGCGGUCGCUGAGGAUCUUGUGAAGCCUCUACCCACAUCUCUAUCGAAGUUGAAGGGAGCCGACGCCAAACAAUUCGAUGCUAUUCCGGAGAAGAACGACGGAGUCAUGGAUGACGUGAACCGCCUGGCCCCGAAGGAAGGCACUACUGGCACUGAGGGAGGCGUUACUGAGAGAAACAAGAAAGAUAAGGCAGUGCAAGGUCAAACCGGGGAGAAGGCUGAGAAGAAGCCCGAAACACCCAAGGAAGCCCCUCCGCUUCCUCACAGCGAGCAGGAGCGCAUGGACAAGGAUUCACCAGAGAAAGUCAAGGAUGCGAUCAACCCUGUUGGAAAGCCCAAGGGAGCUCAAGGACUUGAGAAACCCGCCGACCUGCCCGAUAAGCCUCACGAGAUCCCAGCCCCUGCGCCCAAAAAAGCCGCAGAUUUGGACACAAAAGAGAAGGACGCUUUGGCACACGCAGCAGCUUUGGAAGCCGCUGGAUCCUCAGGAUCAUUAAGUCACACCGUGGGCUCCACCCUCAAAGAAACACUCCCUUACACCGAAGGCAAGCAGGUGACACCUGGUCUUGCAGAUGGAUCUGAGGGCAUUAUUCAGCCUUUCCACUCGUUCGUUCUCGCAUUCACCAUGAUCAUUUUCUCAGAAAUUGGCGACAAGACUUUCUUGGUCGCUGCACUCAUGGCCAUGCGUCAUCCUCAGCUUGUCGUCUUCUCUGGCGCAUUCUCCGCUCUCAUCGCCAUGACAGUGCUCUCUGCAGUCCUCGGUCACGCCGUACCAACUCUUCUUCCCAAGCACCUGACCGCAUGGCUCGCAGCAGGUUUGUUCCUCAUCUUCGGCGGUAAGCUGCUGCGUGAAGGUCUUGAGAUGGACAAGGACGCUGGUGUUGGCGAAGAAAUGCAAGAGGUUGAAGCCGAACUCGAAGAGAAGGAGCACCUUGCACGCAAGGAGGGCCGUAGACGCUCAUCAGUCUCGCCAUACGUGCUCGAGGCUGGUCGUGGCAGAAGAUCUGGCUCGCGCAGUGCUCACAAGCUGCCUGCACGAGCACAGUCGCCUUCAUCCGACUCUUCCAGGUCACCCUCUCCUUCUGGCCGUGGAGCAAAGGCAUCUGUCAGCAACGCACUUGGCGGACUCAAUAAUCUUCUCGGUCUCCUUCUUUCUCCUGCAUGGGUGCAAACAUUUGUGAUGACUUUCCUCGGUGAAUGGGGUGACAGAUCUCAGAUUGCUACCAUUGCCAUGGCUGCUGGACAAGAUUACUGGUGGGUGACAGGUGGUGCCAUUGCAGGCCACUGUAUUUGCACUGGUAUCGCGGUCAUUGGUGGACGUGCUCUGGCCGGCAAAGUCAGCUUGAGAGUUGUCACUCUUGGCGGAGCAAUCGCUUUCCUUGUUUUCGGUGUCAUUUACUUCUUCGAGGCUUUGUACGACUAGAUGACAUGUAUACCAGUCGACAGCAGUUCGCAAGGGGGCAGUGUUGGAAUCAUUUUCUGGUCUGCAUAGCAUAAAAAGGAUACGGACAGACAGAGGUCUCGUGUAAGGGG